AUGUCCCAAGAAAGUAGCGUUUCAUCAGAGUCUCAGGAACAACCUGGUAAUAAUCCUAAAAUAGAGGACGCAGACGCUGCCUCUGCUCACCCUAGAGAUAAUAGCAAACCCGUACUACCGUGGGAUCAUGAAAACAAAGCAAUAGGAAUCAAGAGCUUUAGUGGUUACAAAGUCGAUUUCACUGGUUGGAUAAGAAGAGACAUGAAGCAACAACGACAAAGGCAGGCUGAAUCUAAUGCAUCCGGCAUGAAAGAAUUAGAGAACAAAUGCACAGGAAAGAAAGAACCAAAGGAGAGAGAGUCUGAGGGCAAGGAGCUUGAAGAGGAGAGGGAGGACGGGCCAGAACUAUAA